CUAUCCACGGGCAGCGAAGCAGGCCAGCAGCACCAGCGGGUGCCGCGCCUCGUGUUUAUAAAAGACGCCGUCUCCCAUCGCCGUGCCGGACGCACGCAGCCAAAAAGCACACGGGGCAGAGCUCGACUGCUCGAUGAGGCGGGAGGCGAUCGGGAUGGCCGCUCCUCUUGCGUAGCAGAGUGUUGCUUGCCUGCUGCUUCCGUCACUUGCCAUUGCCACUGCGUGAGCGAGAGGAAGGCGGCGUGAAGGGAGCAGCUAAGGAUCGAGGAAAUGGCGGCGCGCGGCCACGUGCUGGCGCUGUUCGUGCUGCUCGCGCUCGCCGGGGCGGCCGCGGCGGGCGGCGGGCGGCACCAGCACCGGCACCGGCACGGCAGGAAGUCGGCGCGGCUGAGGCUGAUCCCCUCCGCGCCGGGCGCGUCCCUCGCCGACCGCGCGCGGGACGACCGGCACCGGCACGCGUACAUCCGGUCCACGCUGGCGUCGCGCCGCCGCGCGGCGGAGGUGGGCGCGUCGGCGUUCGCCAUGCCGCUCUCGUCGGGGGCCUACACCGGCACGGGCCAGUACUUCGUGCGGUUCCGCGUGGGCACCCCCGCGCAGCCGUUCGUGCUGGUGGCGGACACCGGCAGCGACCUCACCUGGGUCAAGUGCCGCGGCGCCGGAUCGCCGCCGGACGCGCAGCCGCCGGCGCGCGAGUUCCGGCCCGCCGCCUCCAAGUCGUGGGCGCCCAUCGCGUGCUCCUCCGACACGUGCACGUCGUACGUGCCCUUCUCCCUCGCCAACUGCUCGACGCCGGCCAGCCCCUGCGCCUACGACUACAGGUACAAGGACGGCUCCGCGGCGCGUGGCGUGGUGGGCACGGACUCGGCGACCAUCGCGCUGUCCGGGAACGGCGUCGGCGCGGACGGCAGCAGGCGCGCCAAGCUGCAGGGCGUGGUGCUGGGAUGCACGGCCUCGUACGACGGCCAGAGCUUCCAGUCAUCGGACGGCGUCCUCAGCCUGGGCAACAGCAACAUCUCCUUCGCCUCCCGCGCCGCCGCGCGCUUCGGGGGCCGCUUCUCCUACUGCCUCGUCGACCACCUCGCGCCGCGCAACGCCACCAGCUACCUCACCUUCGGCCCGGGGCCCGAGGACGCCGCCGCGCCGGAGCAGACGCCGCUGCUGCUCGACCGCCGGAUGAGCCCGUUCUACGCCGUGACGGUCGACACCAUCUACGUGGCCGGCGAGGCGCUCGACAUCCCCGCGGACGUCUGGGACGUCGACAAGAGCGGCGGCGCGAUUCUCGACUCGGGGACGAGCCUCACGAUCCUCGCUACCCCGGCGUACAGGGCCGUGGUCGCGGCGCUGAGCAGGCAGCUCGCGGGGCUCCCGAGGGUGAGCAUGGAUCCGUUCGAGUACUGCUACAACUGGACGGCCGGCGCGCCGGAGAUCCCGGAGCUGGAGGUGCACUUCGCGGGGUCGGCGCGUCUGCUGCCGCCGGCGAAGAGCUACGUGAUCGACGCGGCGCCCGGGGUGAAGUGCAUCGGCGUGCAGGAGGGGGCGUGGCCCGGGGUGUCGGUCAUCGGCAACAUCCUGCAGCAGGAGCACCUCUGGGAGUUCGACCUCAGGGACCGGUGGCUCCGGUUCAAGGACACGCGCUGCGUCGCCCAAUGAUUCUGACAGGCGCACACGAUUAAUCCAUCCAUCGUCUUGAUAAAUUUGUAACGGCCUUCGAGUGAAUGGUUUCUCUAAAUGGAAAGAUAAGCUUUAGCGCGAUGGGAAAAUGUUCAGCUGAGAUCGCGCUUCUGCA